AUUGAUAGGUUUCUUUAUCCAUUUCGGAAUCUGUGUUAGCUCCCCAGAUGCGAUUUCCUCUUCAUUGUUUGGGAGGAAUCCUCUUUUAGGGUUCGUUUGAGAUUGUUAGGAGAUUGGCGUUACAUAAUGGGAGAAAGUGCAAUGUGUUCUUUGAAAGUGAGCUUAAUGCGCCCGGAACUUUUAAUAAUGUGUCAAUUGCUCCCAAUGAAGAAACCACUUUUUCCUAUGAAAAGUGUAAUCGGCCAUGAAAAGCUUGAAGAGGAAGAUCUAUUGAAGCUUUUGAGACAAUAUUUUGGACAUUCUGAAUAUAGGGGAAAGCAGUUGGAGGCUAUUAAUGCUGUUCUAUCAGGAAGAGAUUGCUUUUGUUUGAUGCCAACUGGAGGUGGCAAAUCCAUGUGCUAUCAGAUUCCUGCCUUAGCCAAGUCUGGCGUGGUACUUGUGGUCUCUCCCUUGAUAGCACUGAUGGAAAACCAAGUUGCUGAUUUGAAGAGUAAAGGAAUUUCUGCUGACUUCCUCUCUUCAACGCAGAGUCGGCAAAUCAGAGAGAAGAUACUUGAAGACCUUGAUUCUGGUAAGCCAUCUGUCAAGCUGCUAUAUGUGACUCCUGAGUUGGUCGCAACAUCUGGAUUCAUGAUGAAGCUAACGAAUCUUUAUAACAGAGGGCUACUGGGUUUAGUUGCCAUUGAUGAGGCUCACUGCAUUUCUUCAUGGGGCCAUGAUUUUAGACCAAGCUACCGCAAAUUGUCAUCUUUGAGGAAGCAACUUCCAGGUGUGCCUAUAGUAGCUUUGACAGCAACUGCUGUUCCCAAAGUCCAGAAGGAUGUGGUUGAAUCGUUGUCUCUACAGAACCCGCUAAUUCUUAGGUCAUCAUUUAAUCGACCUAAUAUAUUCUAUGAAGUUCGUUAUAAGGAUCUCCUUGAUGAUCCUUAUGCUGAUAUGUCAAAUCUUCUGAAGUCCUGUGGAAAUGUUUGCUCAAUUAUUUAUUGUCUUGAACGUUCUACCUGUGACGAUUUAAAUAGACAUCUUGACAAGCAGGGUAUUCCAUCAGCUGCUUACCAUGCUGGCUUAAACAGCAAAAUGCGGACUACUGUACUUGAGGAUUGGCUCUCGUCUAGAAUUCAAGUUGUCGUUGCAACAGUGGCUUUUGGAAUGGGUAUAGAUAGAAAAGAUGUCCGCAUUGUUUGUCACUUUAACAUUCCAAAAACAAUGGAAUCCUUCUAUCAAGAGUCUGGAAGAGCUGGUCGUGAUCAGUUGCCUUGCAGGAGUGUGUUGUAUUAUGGCUUGGAUGAUCGAAGAAGAAUGGAAUUUAUUUUGAGAAAUGCUGUUAGUAGAAAAUCACAAACUUCAUCCUCUUCAAAGAGCUUAUCUGAGAAGUCCUUAGCAGACUUUAGCCAGAUUGUGGAGUACUGUGAAGGUUCUAGCUGCCGUCGGAAGAAGAUCCUUGAAAGCUUUGGAGAACAGGUCUCGACAUCAUUAUGCCAAAGGUCGUGUGAUGUAUGCAAACAUCCAAAUUUAGUAUCAACACACUUGGAAGAACUUAAACGUGUGCCCGGCGUGAGGAGGAAUAGCUUCCUUUCAACCAUUGUUCAAAGAGAUAUUGGAGCUAUGCUUAAAGUAAUGAAUCCAAUUCCCACAUGCGCUGUCAUGCAGAGAACUUUUCCCAGCUCACUAGUAACUUCUUCAGUUGAUAAGGAUUCUGAGUUUUGGAAUCGAGAAGAUGAAGCAAGUUUAUCGGGUGAAGACAUAUCAGAUUCUGAUGAUGGUAAGGAUGUAGUUAGCAAUAUUGCCAUGUCAAAGAUCUCAUCUAAAGCUGCGUUAAAUGAAAAGUUUGAAGCUUUGGAGCGGGCAGAAGAGGCUUAUUAUCGCAAUAAACGAUUGAAUAAGAAGGACAGUGGACUUGUCGACAAGAAGGCUAUAACAGGGACAUUAAGAGAUUCGAGCAAAAAGAGGCUAUUCGACGCAUUGAAACUGGCUGAGCAGCGUGUCGGGCACCUAUUGCCUAAUCUGGAGGAUUCUGCUACUUUGCUCGAAACAGAGUGCUUCAGAAAAUAUGAUAAGGUCGGCAAAACUUUCUACAGCUCACAGAUAGCAGCUACAGUUCGGUGGCUAUCGUCUUCAAAUUAUGAACAGAUACAGGACCAUCUUAAUGCAAAUUCAUCUGUGGCUACAGUUAAAUGCACACCUGAUUCGCUCCCUACAGAUCAUGCUUCCCCUCCGGCAAAUCAUGAUUUUGGGAAUGAAAUGCAAAGAACCACUAGUAAUGAAGAAAACAGUAAUAAUGCUUCAUUAGGACAUUCAAAUACUGUGGUAGGGAUGGAAAUGCCGAUUGAGAGGACAAAGCUUCCGCAAAUUCCAUCCUUUUCGGAAUUCGUUACUCGGAAAGGGAAGGAGGGAUCAAAUUCUACAGCUGUAAAGAAGAGGACUCUGGAAUUUGACGAGCAAAUAAGGAAAGUUCCGAGAAAAAGAUGAGAUAGAAAUUCUAAUUCCACUUUUGCGAUAUUUUGCUAUCAUCAUUGCUUCUAUUUAUCUCGUUUGUCUAAUCAACCAUAUGUGUCCUGAGAACAAUCGAUGUAGUAACCUUCACCUUCCAAUCCUCAAUGAGAUAAUUUCACAAAUACGUACAAGGUA